AUGUCAGCGGACUUAUUUCAUCGCAAGCUCAACAAGUAUGAAUGGAGCGAGUCCGCCCCUGCGAAGUCGGUUCUCCCGCAUGCUGGUGAACUUAUUAGGGAGGUGCUCGGAGGCGCGCUAGCCUGCGUUGAGAAAAGAGUCUAUCUCUGUGGCGGCUAUGACCCACGAACUGGCCGUGGCCUUUCACAGCUGGCUGAGUUUGACUUCUCCACAAAGCUAUGGUCAAAGGGGCCUUCGUUACCGGAAAGGAUACGGGACGCCGCCGCUGUCGCCUUUGGCGACUAUUGCCUUGUCUUUGGUGGUUGGAAUGAUGAGGCAUAUAGCAAAAAACUUUGGCUGCUCGCCCCAAGAAGCCCGGAUACCACUAACACAAGUGGCAAGGAGACGAUGAGUUCCUCGUGGACGCUGAUACCACCCGCUGGACCAGCGCCAUCGGCGCGGGUCUGCCAUGGGAUGGUACUGGGAACCGCUGGCGAUGAGGAAGGCGCAGCACCGAGCCCGGUGGUUUAUCUCUUUGGCGGUUUUAAUGGCAAAAGUAGGUUAAAUGAUGUUUGGCGUCUGAGAUUGGGUACCUUGGUUGAUCAAGGUGUGGCAGAGUGGGAGUUGGUUGAGGUUAAGGAGGGAACUCCGCCGUCGCCGCGCGAUGAUGCGGCGGUUGCGUUCGACCUGGUGGGUGAGCGGCUGCUGGUCUUCGGAGGGUUUGCCUCCUCGCUGCAGAGUGAUCUUCACGUCUUGUCGCUGCGCGGGGGAGAGAACCGGUGGAUGUGCCAGCCGUGCAUCAGCGUUCCGUCCCGGCGCCAAGGCUGCGCGGCGGCGGUCUCAAGCGGGUGCCUGGUAGUGUGUCUUGGAGAGGAUGAGAAGGGUCCUUUGCCUCAAAUUCUUCAGCUUUCCCUGACGGACUUCAAGUGGUCCGUGCUUUCUUUUGACAAGGAUGAAUUUGUGGGACGCAGCGGCUGCGUUGGGUGCGUGAGUGAAAAAGGGAAACGUAUUGUACUCUUUGGUGGGGGAAUUCUGCCGAAGGUUCACUCAAGUCUUUUGGAGUUGGAGCUGGAGAAGGCAGAUUCAGGCGGUGCAAGGAAAAAGUGA